AUGCAGCAAGAGGCGGGAAAACCCAUUCUGCUUGACAUCCCAGCGGGGUGCAUAGCGGAGACGACCCAAAGAAACGUGCCAGACAUCGAUGUUAUCGUACAGGAACUAGCCAACAUGGACAAACGAUUGCGGAGCUUUAGAAAACGACAACGUGAAGCUAUCGAAGAGAGCAGUUUGACGUACAGCUCUAUAGACUCUGAAAAUGACUCUCCUGAACAUAUUAACAGUCGGCAAGACCUUGUCAACUAG